GGUAGCCUAUACUAGUAGAGAUGCUAAUAGAGCGAAAAAGAACGAAACCGGAAGUGCUUCUGGGGAUUGUCCUCUCAAACCUGCUCGGGUCUCUGCGCUGUCGUCCAAGAAUGGCCGCUGCUGCAGCAGGAAUAAACAAGCAGGGCGCCGUAGCGACGAUGGAGCCCUGUAUCCGACACGGGAGAGGAGCUAAUGGGAGCACGGUUAAGGUGCUGGAAUGUGGUGUUUGUGAGGAUGUCUUCUCUCUCCAGGGGGACAAGGUCCCUCGUCUUCUGCUCUGCGGCCACACGGUGUGCCAUGACUGUCUAACCCGGUUGCCCCUCCAUGGCAGAGCGGUCCGCUGCCCCUUUGACAGGCAGGUCACUGAGCUGGGGGACUCUGGAGUUUGGGGUCUAAAGAAAAACUUUGCUCUGCUUGAACUCUUGGAGAGACUCCAGAAUGGAGCGACUAACCAGUCAGGAAUGGCAGAGGAUGCCUUGAAAGGCAUGGGAGAAUGUAUAAUUCGCUGCGAUGAGGAUGAGAGCCACACAGCCUCCAUGUACUGUACCGUGUGUGCCACCCACCUGUGUGGCGAGUGCUCUCAGCUCACCCACUCCACUCGAACACUGGCCAAACACCGGCGGGUGCCACUGGCCGAUAAGCCCCAUGAGAAGACCCUGUGUCCACAGCAUCAGGUCCACGCCAUCGAGUUUGUCUGCCUGGAGGAAGCUUGUCAGUCCGGGCCCCUCAUGUGCUGUGUAUGUAAGGAGUAUGGCAAGCACCAGGGCCAUAAGCAUGCCGUUCUUGAGACUGAAGCCAAUCAGAUUCGUGCAUCCAUUCUCGACAUGGCCCACUGUAUCCGAACCUUCACAGAGGAGGUGUCCGAGUACUCGAGGAAGUUGGUGGGCAUCGUGCAGCAGAUAGAAGGUGGCGAGCAGAUAGUUGAGGAUGGAGUAGGCAUGGCACACACUGAACAUGUCCCCGGCACAGCAGAGAGCGCCCGCUCCUGCGUCCGAGCUUAUUUUGCAGAUCUGCACGAGACCCUGUGUCGGCAGGAGGAGAUGGCGCUGAGCGUGGUGGACGCACAUGUAAGGGAGAGGCUCAUCUGGCUGAGGCAGCAGCAGGAGGAUAUGACCAUCCUGCUGUCUCAGGUGUCCACCGCCUGCCUGCACUGUGAGAAAACACUUCAGCAGGACGACUGCAGAGUUGUUCUGGCAAAGCAGGAGAUCAACUGUUUGCUGGAGACGCUUCAGAAGCAGCAACACCAGUUCACUGAGCUGGCAGAUCACAUUCAGCUGGAUGCUGGCAUCCCAGUCACCUUCACUAAGGACAACAGGGUCCACAUUGGUCCAAAGAUGGAGAUCCGCGUAGUGACUCUGGGGCUCGAUGGCGCUGGAAAAACCACCAUCCUCUUCAAGCUGAAACAAGACGAGUUCAUGCAGCCCAUCCCAACCAUUGGUUUCAAUGUGGAGACGGUUGAAUAUAAGAACCUAAAAUUCACCAUCUGGGAUGUGGGUGGGAAGCACAAGCUCAGACCCCUCUGGAAACACUAUUAUCUAAACACUCAAGCGGUGGUGUUUGUGAUUGACAGCUGCCACCGGGAUAGACUCAUGGAGGCCCACAGUGAGCUGGCCAAACUGCUGACAGAGAAGGAGCUGCGAGAUGCCUUGCUGCUCAUCUUUGCAAAUAAACAGGACGUUCCCGGCGCUGUGUCUGUGGAAGAGAUGACGGAGCUGCUGAGUCUGCACAAGCUGUGCUGUGGGAGGAGCUGGCACAUUCAGGGCUGUGACGCCCGCAGCGGGAUGGGCCUCCACGAGGGGCUGGAUUGGCUCUCCAGACAGCUGGUAGCUGCCGGCGUCCUGGACGUCGCCUAAAUGCCGCCUCUCUCCACAUGCGGACUCUUUUCACUCUCCACCCAACCCCCCGAAUCUGAACACAAACCCCCCAACCUCUGAGCCUGGUUCAUCAGUUCUCCAAAAACUUUUUAACAUGAGCUUCGCUACAAGGCUGCAGCUUUAAACCCGACUUCUCCACCUUUCCAUCUCCAAGCACCAUUGUCGGCAAAGAAAACAAAAGACGUAUAUAUCUUCUCUAGCUUCAUAAUAUGGGAACUACAAAUAUGUCUUCAAGCCUGCCCUUCCUGCUACUCCCGACCUCUGAGAAAUAGUCACUGGACCUAAAUCCUGAGUUGAGACUACGUCCUCCCGUCCUGCUUUAUGCCUUCAUGUAGCUUACACACUUCAUUUUUUCUUCAUAGUUUAGGUGAUGAGCGGUUUAUCUGGCAUUUAUAGCUUUUGAACUUAGGUCCGGUUAAAUGUUAGACAUGCUCCUUGUGCCCUGACAAAGUGAACUGUGUCUGUUUUUUCUACCCCACGUUAACUCACCAUAACUCCCCAAAUACGUGACCUUGAACUGAACUAAAUGCACACCGGUCCAUGUUGUGAUGAUAGUAUCAUUUAUGUAUGCUUUUUAGUACGCUUAAAAUCAUCCUGACAGUUGACUUUAGUCCCCUUUCAGUUUAUUCCAGUACACUUGCAGGUUAAGUGAGAUGGAACAGAAACAUUGCUGUGGUGUAAAGGGGACCUCUUAUGCACACUUUCAGCUCCAUAAUUUUAUUCUUGGAUUAAUUUUGGAGUAGCUUUGCAUGAUUCUCAAAUCAGAAUACUACAUACUCAUCUUAUACUGGGGCUUCGGUGACAGUCUCCCCCAACACUUGGACUUUGCUCCAAAGUAAGGUUUCAAAAAGCUUUUUAUCCCCCAUGGAAGUUCUAGUUAUUCCACUUCCUUCCACAGAUUUCAAUUCAGGAUUCUUUGGCUGCCACAUGUCUGCAACAAGCCGUUUUCCUUCUCUCCGUGUAGGUCAACUCAUAAAGAGCAUCAUAAAGAGCAAAACUUAUUAUAAUGUCACCACUAUAAUGACAUACAUAUACCAGAAAGGAAGGAAAAGCAUAACUUUUCAAGCAUAACAUAGGUCUACUUUAAAUGGACACAGUGGCUUCAAGCAGUCUAAUGUUCAGAUUUUGCCUGGUCAUCUACCGUAAGGAAUAGCAGCUGAUUUUUUUUCUUUGGAUCUUUAUGUGCAAAGUCUUUUGUUUUGUUUUUAAGUGUGUGAACAUAUUUAAAAGUCACAGCUGGUGAGGUUUGGUUUGAAUGUAGUGUUUUCUGUUACUAAGCAAACUGUUACCUGAGCUCGCUGAUGAGCAGGACGAGCAGACUUUACUUUGAUACAAGCUGUUGUGGGGUAAAAACAAAUCAGAGUUUUUAAAUGCACCAAUUCUGCCUCCGUUUUGUGGAGCGUACUGCAUGCAGAAUUUGUCGACUGCACUCGUCUGCCGCCUCGCUCCAGAGUUUCCAUUUGAAAGCAAAUGAACCACCUGCUGUUUCUUAAGUAGACUAUGAGACUGAGUGUUAACUUCAAUGCGAAAGAAAAAAAAAGUCUUGAAAAUAUUCCUCUAUCCUACACAAGUUUUUUUCUGUUUUUCUGGAGUGCUUUCAAGAUGGUACACCGUUAAUCAGCCUUCAGUAAUUCUGUAAUGUGAAAGUAGUGAAACGUUAAACCUAACACUUACACUUGUCUUGUUAUUGAGGAACCAUCAUUUGAGUUUGAUUUGAUCUUUAUUCAUUGCUAUGUAAUGUUAACUAUUUGUACUUAUGUAUAAAAAUAUUUAAACAACUACAAAAAGAAAAAUGCACGUGUGAAAAGCUUUUCCGCAUAGUUUGCAACAUCAUUUCCCUUUGUUUUGUUUUUUUUUUUGGAAACGUAGAAGCACAAAGUGCAUUGAAACCUUUGUUACCA